CAACAGCAGCAGCGGGGCAGAGGCGGUGGAAGGGCUGCGGGUGCCUCCUCCAGCCGCCGUCCGGCAGACGAGCAGAGGCAGGCGGGCCCUGGAGGUUGGAGCAGGGCGAGGGCGGAGAGGAGCUGUCCUGCCCCGAGGGGUCGGGGGCGCUGCGUGGUCCCUGCCGCUCGCGGUGUUGCUCUGCAAGGGGAGGAAGCUUCGUCCCUUCGAUUCCCCCCUGGCCAGCCCGCUCACCUGUUCGGCCUUGGCAAGCGGAGAAGACGUCGCCGCCGCCCCAGCCGCGGCGCCCGGGGGGCUGUAUGGAGCAGCGGCCCCGGGCCCACCCGGACAAGCCGCCGCCUCCGCUCGCCCAUGAGCACCACGGCUCCAACGCUCCUCACUGGCAGGGGUCAGCCGGCUGCAGGAGCGGCACUGGCGGCGGGAGCAGCAUGUGGACCCCGACAGAGGAGGAAAAAUACGGCGUGGUUAUAUGCAACUUCCGAGGGGCUGUGGUACAUGGCUUGGUUCUAGAACUAGGAGAAACUGUCCAAAUUCUGGAAAAGUGUGAAGGAUGGUACAGAGGAAUUUCACUCAGGAAGCCCAAUAUAAAGGGGAUAUUUCCUGCUAACUAUAUUCACUUAAAAAAGGCUGUUGUCAGUAACAGAGGGCAGUAUGAAACGGUUGUUCCACUUGAAGAUUCUGUCAUCACUGAAGUUACAGUAACACUCCAGGAAUGGGCUGUCCUCUGGAAGCAGCUAUAUGUGAAACAUAAAGUAGAUCUUUUCUACAAACUGCGUCAUGUGAUGAAUGAACUAAUUGAUCUUCGCAGACAGCUACUCUCAGGUCAUUUGACCCAAGACCAAGUGCGAGAGGUUAAAAGGCACCUCACUGUACGAUUGGACUGGGGUAAUGAGCAUCUGGGUUUAGAUCUCGUUCCACGGAAAGACUUUGAGGUGGUGGAUUCGGAUCAAAUCAGUGUCUCUGAUCUAUACAAAAUGCAUUUAUCCAGCAGGCAUAGUGUACAGCAGAGCACAUCACAGGUAGAUACAAUGCGACCACGUCAUGGAGAAGCAUGCCGUUUACCAGUGCCGCACCAUUUCUUUCUGAGUCUAAAGAGUUUCACUUAUAAUACAAUUGGAGAGGAUGCAGAUGUCUUCUUUUUUUUGUAUGAUGUUCGAGAAGGCAAGCAGAUCAGUGAAAGGUUUCUGGUAAGGUUAAACAAGAAUGGAGGCCCCAAAAAUCCAGACAAGAUUGACCGAAUGUGUGCUGUUUUCACAGAUCUUAGCAGCAAGGACAUGAAGAAAGAUUUGUACAUUGUUGCGCAAGUAAUCCGAAUAGGACGCAUGCUAUUAAAUGAUUCAAGGAAGGGUCCAUCUCAUUUGCAUUAUCGGCGUCCAUAUGGUUGUGCAGUAUUAAGUAUCAUGGAUGUAAUUCCAUCAAUCUCUGAAUUAAAAGAAGAAAAGGAUUUUGUUCUCAAAGUGUACACGUGCAACAAUGAGAAUGAAUGGUAUCAGAUUCAUGAAAACAUCAUUCGCAAGUCCAGCACCAAAUAUACAGCACCCAGCUCAAACUAUGGACUUAUAAUUUCUCUUCAGCUGCUUCGGGGAGAAAUGGAGCAGAUUCGCAAGGAAUACCCCAUGAUCUUUAACAGAGGAGUGGCUAUUACCAGAAAGAUAGGUUUCCCAGAUGUCAUCAUGCCUGGUGAUAUACGCAAUGACUUGUACCUGACAUUAGAGAAAGGGGACUUUGAGAGAGGUGGGAAAAGUGUCCAGAAGAACAUUGAAGUUACUAUGUAUGUUCUUUACGCAGAUGGAGAGAUUCUAAAGGACUGUAUCAGCUUGGGCUCAGGAGAGCCAUGCAGAAGUGUAUAUCAUUCCUUUGUCCUUUAUCAUAGUAAUAGCCCUCGCUGGGGAGAAAUCGUCAAGCUGCCUAUUCCCAUAGACAGGUUCCGUGGUUCUCACCUUCGUUUUGAAUUCAGGCAUUGUUCUACAAAAGAUAAAGGAGAAAAGAAGCUUUUUGGUUUUGCUUUUACACCGUUAAUGAGGGAUGAUGGUACCACCCUUUCAGAUGAUAUUCAUGAGCUUUAUGUUUAUAAGUGUGAUGAAAACAGCACAUUCAAUAACCAUGCAUUGUAUCUGGGUUUGCCAUGCUGCAAAGAGGACUAUAAUGGUUGUCCCAACAUCCCUUCAAGCCUGAUUUUCCAGCGCAGUGCCAAAGAAUAUUUUUCAGUGUCUACCCAACUCUCUUCAACAAAACUCACACAGAAUGUGGAUCUGCUUGCUCUCUUAAAAUGGAAGGCUUAUCCAGAUCGAAUAAUGGAUAUUUUGGGAAGGCUGAAGCAUGUCAGUGGUGAAGAAAUUGUGAAGUUUCUUCAGGAUAUUCUGGAUACUUUAUUUGUGAUUUUGGAUGACAAUACAGAAAAAUAUGGACUGCUGGUCUUUCAGUCUCUGGUGUUCAUCAUAAAUCUCCUACGUGACAGCAAAUAUUUUCAUUUUCGACCUGUGAUGGACACUUACAUUCAAAAGCAUUUUGCAGGAGCCCUGGCAUACAAAGAACUGAUCCGGUGUUUAAAGUGGUAUAUGGACCGAUCAGCUGAGGUUGUGCGACAGGACCAUAUUCAGGAGGCAAUGAGGGCCUUGGAAUAUCUCUUUAAGUUUAUUGUGCAGUCUCGGAUCCUUUACUCUAGAGCAACUUGUGGAAUGGAGGAGGAACAAUUCAGAGCCAGUAUCCAAGAACUUUUCCAGUCCAUCAGAUUUGUGCUCAGCCUGGACAGCAGGAGCUCAGAAACUCUCAUCUUUACACAGGCCCCUCAGCCUGGAGGACAGGUGAGCGGAGCUGGGACAAGUGCCCCCCAAAAAUGUGGUGGUACUUCAAGGCCAUCGUUCAAUUCUGCUGCUCUGUUGAACUCGUUUCCUGCAAUUUUUGAUGAGCUACUACAGAUGUUUACAGUGCAAGAGGUAGCAGAAUUUGUACGGGGGACUCUUGGGAGCAUGCCCAGUACUGUGCAUAUUGGACAAUCUAUGGAUGUAGUUAAACUGCAGUCUAUAGCUCGUACUGUCGACAGUCGCUUAUUUUCUUUCCCAGAAUCCCGACGCAUCUUGCUACCUGUGGUUCUUCAUCAUAUUCAUCUUCACCUGAGACAACAAAAAGAGUUGCUGAUUUGCUCUGGGAUUCUUAGCAGUAUCUUUUCCAUCAUCAAAACUAACUCUUUGGAGAUGGAUGUAGUUGAGGAAAUAGAGAUGAUGGUGGAGAGCCUCCUGGAUGUACUUUUACAGACUUUACUUACUAUCAUGAGUAAAUCGCAGUCUCAGGAGGCGGUAAGAGGGCAGCGUUGCCCACAGUGCACAGCUGAAAUCACUGGAGAGUAUGUGUCCUGUCUUUUAUCUCUACUUCGUCAAAUGUCAGACACUCAUUUCCAACAUUUAUUGGACAGCUUCCAGAGCAAGGAUGAGCUAAAGGAAUUCCUAUUGAAGAUUUUCUGUGUAUUUCGGAACUUGAUGAAAAUGAGUGUCUUUCCUCGAGACUGGAUGGUAAUGAGGCUGCUCACCAGCAAUAUAAUAGUUACAACAGUCCAAUAUCUGUCUCCUGCACUACAUAAGAACUUCACAGAAACAGAUUUUGAUUUUAAGGUCUGGAACUCCUAUUUCAGUUUAUCAGUUUUGUUUAUAAACCAGCCCAGUCUCCAGUUGGAAACUGUUACUCCAUCCAAGCGUAAAAAGAUUCUGGACAAAUACAGUGAUAUGCGUGUAAUGAUGGCAUAUGAGCUGUACAGCAUGUGGCAGAAUCUUGGUGAACAUAAAAUUAAUUUUAUUCCUGGAAUGAUUGGUCCCUUUCUUGGUGUUACACUGGUCCCACAGCCAGAGGUCCGAAAUAUCAUGAUCCCCAUUUUUCAUGACAUGAUGGACUGGGAGCAGAGAAAAAAUGGCAAUUUCAAACAGGUGGAAGCAGAGCUGAUUGAUAAAUUGGACAGCUUAGUAUCAGAAGGGAAAGGAGAUGAGAACUAUCGAGAACUCUUCAGUCUGCUAACUCAACUCUUUGGGCCCUAUCCCAGUCUACUGGAAAAGAUUGAGCAGGAGACUUGGCGGGAGACUGGCAUCUCUUUUGUUACCUCAGUUACUCGUCUGAUGGAGCGCCUCCUUGAUUACAGGGACUGUAUGAAGGGAGAUGAAACAGAGAACAAGAAAAUUGGCUGCACUGUUAACCUUAUGAAUUUUUAUAAAUCUGAAAUUAACAAAGAGGAAAUGUAUAUUCGCUAUAUCCACAAGUUGUGUGACAUGCAUUUACAAGCUGAAAACUAUGCAGAGGCUGCUUUUACACUGCUUCUGUACUGUGAGCUUCUUCAGUGGGAAGAUAGGCCUCUUCGGGAGUUCCUGCACUAUCCAUCCCAGACAGAGUGGCAGCGAAAGGAAAAUCUUUGUCGGAAGAUUAUUCACUAUUUUAAUAAAGGGAAGAGCUGGGAAUUUGGAAUCCCGUUGUGCAGAGAGUUGGCUAUUCAGUAUGAAAGUUUAUAUGAUUAUCAGAGCCUCAGCUGGAUUCGGAAAAUGGAAGCUACGUAUUACGAUAACAUAAUGGAACAGCAGCGAUUAGAACCUGAAUUUUUCAGAGUUGGUUUUUAUGGAAGGAAAUUUCCCUUCUUUCUUCGGAACAAAGAGUAUGUUUGUCGAGGCCAUGAUUAUGAGAGAUUGGAGGCCUUCCAACAAAGGAUGCUUAGUGAAUUUCCACAGGCCAUUGCAAUGCAACACCCAAAUCACCCAGAUGACAGCAUCCUACAAUGUGAUGGCCAGUAUUUGCAGAUCUAUGCAGUGACUCCCAUUCCAGAUAAUAUUGAUGUGCUGCAAAUGGACCGGGUUCCUGAUCGUAUAAAGAGCUUUUAUCGAGUUAACAAUAUCAGAAAGUUCCGCUAUGACAGACCAUUCCAUAAAGGGCCAAAAGACAAGGAAAAUGAAUUUAAGAGCUUGUGGAUUGAACGUACCACUCUAACCCUGACUCACAGUUUACCUGGGAUCUCCCGGUGGUUUGAAGUAGAGAGGAGAGAACUGGUUGAGGUAAGCCCUUUGGAAAAUGCCAUUCAAGUAGUGGAGAACAAAAACCAGGAAUUAAGGACACUGAUAAGCCAGUACCAACACAAACAGAUGCAUGGUAACAUCAACCUACUCAGUAUGUGCCUGAACGGAGUUAUUGAUGCAGCUGUGAAUGGCGGCAUAGCACGAUAUCAAGAGGCCUUUUUUGAUAGAGAUUAUAUCACCACUCACCCUGGAGAUGCAGAAAAAAUCACACAACUAAAAGAGCUCAUGCAUGAACAGGUGCAUAUCCUAGGAGUAGGUCUUGCAGUGCAUGAGAAGUUUGUACAUCCAGAGAUGCGUCCACUGCAUAAGAAAUUGAUUGACCAGUUCCAAAUGAUGCGAUCCAGUUUGUAUCAUGAACUGCCUGCUUUGGAUAAACUGAGUCCAAUCUGCUCAGGCACCAGCACACCACGUGGCAAUAUGCUUGUAUCACAUAGUCCUAUGAGUCCAGAGACCAUCAAACUGGUGCAUCGUCAUAGCCCAUUGAACAUGCUGGGUACAGUCCGACACUCAUCCUCUUCUCUUUCUUCUCAUACAUCAAGUGAAGCAGGAAAUCUAGUUAUCCUAACAGACAGUUCAAUUGGAGAAACUGCAGAGGACAUGUACCAUAUGCAGGCCAGUCCUUCCACCUCAAGCCUGAGCUCUACCCAUUCUGCUCCAUCACAGAUGAUCAACUCUGCUCCUUCUAGUGCACGAGUGCUGAUGAAAGGUGCUGGAUUGACAAACCCGGAGGCUGAAGCCCUCUAUUUAUCCACAGAACAGAUUCAGCAUGGGCGGCAGCAGUGCAAGCUUCCCCACGCUGCCCCCACCAAUGUGCCUCAUCUCUGUCCUGGAGGGACCACCUCUAGAGGCUCUCCCUCUCUACCAGAUAAAUAUCGCCACAAUCGGGAGCUGAUGAUGUUACUGCCAGCUCACCGGGACCGACCCAGCAGUGCCCUGUACCCUUCAGCUAUCAUGGAAAAUGGACAACACCCAAAUUUCCAGCGAGCCUUGCUCCAGCAAGUGAUUGGACCAUGCAAACCCUGCAGUGAUCCCAAUCUGUCUGUUGCUGAGAAAGCUGUUCCAGCAGCACCAAGCAGCUGGAGUCUGGACAGCGGAACCAGAGAGGCCUUGCCAUUCCUGUCUGCUCAUGUUGGGAGCAUCCUGGCCCCACCAGUACCUCCCCGAAGCCUACCCUAUGGUCACUACUCAUUGCAUUUUGAUGCCUUUCAUCACCACCUUAAUGACACUCCCCCAGCACUGCCUGCACGGACACUUCGCAAGUCGCCUCUUCACCCAAUCCCUGCAUCGCCCACAAGUCCCCAGUCCGGUCUGGAUGGAAGCAACUCCACCCUUUCAGGCAGUGCCAGCAGUGGAGUGUCCUCAUUAAGUGAAAGUAACUUUGGCCACUCAUCAGAGGCCCCUCCUCGAACAGACACAAUGGAUUCUGUCCCUAGCCAGGCAUGGAAUACUGAUGAGGACUUAGAGACCCCCUACCUCCCAGUCAGGUACAGUCUAUCAGAACCUGAUGUCCUGGAAACUCUUAAAUCCCAGCCAUGCCGAAGUCACUCUGCUCCAUCUGGAGUCAUUCCUCAGGACGUUGUGAACCCUCCAGCUCUACCGCCUAAACCAUAUCACUCUCGCCUCCCAAAUAUGAAGAAUGAGGAAAUAAUGAGAAUGGAAGAGGAAGAAAAACACCAGGCGCUGCAUCGCAAAAUCUCCCACCCAACUGGUGGUGCAAAAGAAGAACAAGCCAGAGUAGCAUGGGAACAUGGCAUCAGCGAGCAGUAGGCAAAACUAUGCCUGAGGACAGUUUGCAUGAUCAUUCCAGUUCUAAGGAAUUAGAAGGGGGAUGUCUAAGAAUUCAGAAAAUUGGGGGGGGGGGUGAACUAAUUUAUUCUCUGCUGCUGUGAGUUGAUGUCUGGAGCCAGAGAUUGGGCCAGCAUAUUCAGUUGCUGCUUUCCUUUUUAUUUAAUUUUAUACUUUCCAAAUUUUUAGUGGUUUGGGGUUUUGUCUAUUUUUUGCAGUGGGUGCUUCAUUCCUUCUACAGGUGAUCAGAACACAGGAAGUAAUGUACAUAAUAUUAGCUGUAAUCACUUGCAGGAAUGAAGGAUUAGGAUUUUGAGGGGGGAAUGUGGCAUGGAAUUUUUAUAAGCUUUUCUCCUAGUUUUGAGAUGCGCACAAGUUGAAGCAGUUGCACUAGAGAUGUGUUUCUUUGCUGUAAUAAGUGAAUGCUCAUUUUGAAUUCAGGGAUUCCAUGUAGUGUCACUGGAAGGUGCACAGUAAGGAGGCACUGAAAAUUUGCUUAAGAAGAAACCAGAUCUUCCAGGUUUGUGGGCCUAUAAACAUAUUUACAGUGAUCUCCCUGCAUUGGCUCAGGUGUGCUCAAGCAAUCUAACCAGAGCUAACUAGCUUCUGUGUUGAUUUCGAAGCAACAUUUCAAACUAACUCUUCCUGACAUAGACUAUUUGAUUUUUUGCUUUACUCAUUGUCUUUUUCAUCUGUAUUUAUCAAUACUACCAUUCAUUCAUAAGGGAAUUACAUAAUCUUGGUUCCUGUAGCCCAGUGCUGGACUUUCUGUGCUGAAGCCUAGAUAGGUUGUUAUCCCCAGUUCAGGAGAGAAAAUGAUUUAUGCUGGAGCUGCUAAGUAGCAGCAUAAAUGGGAAGAUUUAAGCUCACAGCUACCUGUUGGUUCAAGGCUUAGUAUCUGCCCAGUCAAAACGAUUAUUCUAGUAGUAUAUUUGUUACUGUACUGUCUUUUCUACCCAAGCCUCUCACUACUCCAAGACGGCAGCCUUUUCAUCUGUUACAGUGUCAUGGAAAUACUGUAGCCUUCAAGAAAUGCCCAUGAUGCUCCAGUGUGUUUAAUCAUUGCUUACUAAAAAAAAAAUCCUCUUUUGCUUUUUGUAUUAAAAGGCUGUGAAAUGUUUACAAUUAGGUUAACAGUGGCGAAAGGUACAGAACAAGUAUAUAAAACAUGAAUGAAUGUGUGUAAGAAAGGAACUAUUGAAUUUAUAUACAUGAACUGGUAGCUGAUUAAUAGCCAUAAUUGUACAUUUUAAUCAAAAGAAUUACUAAAAAAUUAUCUAUGAAACAUACUGCCUUGGGCUAAGUGAAAUUUAUCAAUGUAAUCCUGAAAGGAGAAUAGAAACCCUAUGAUGAAAAAAUUAAUACGUAUUACCAGGAUGAUAUGAUUAAGUACAUUAAAUAUUAAUAGUGUAAGAUAAGGGGGGAAAUUAUUUUGUAAGCUGAAAGCAUUGAACUUGAAAGACUUUCAGGCAAUGUUUCUUUAUUCCUGUUUCAUGCCAACCAACAGCUUAUUUAAGAAAGAGUUGAACAAAAUGCAGUUCUGUUUAUCUUUCGUUUGAUCACUUAAAAAAUAGUAAUACUCCCAAUACUGUAACAAAUUCAAAAGCACAUUAUGAUUUUUUUAAACUGAAAUAUUGGAGCACAUAGUAUGAAAAAGACUAACUUAGUUUCCAAAAUAGCCAGUGACAGCAGAAAUAGAACCUAGAAGUCUUUGUUUAGUGAUCACCAAAUAUUCGCUAAAUACGAAUAUUUGUCCUAAAUAAAUAAAGGUUGCACACUGUUUGAUUGAAAUUGCACCUCCCUGAAGUAUACUUGUCAGGUAUUAUCUUUGUUGGGUUGCUUUUCCCAAACUUGUUUUACAUGGAAAAGGUAUUUCCAUUCACUGUUUUUGCCCACACACACCUUUUCUCCAACUGGAAUGGGUAGCUUUCCAAUACCAUUAUAAAUACCUUUUGCCAAGAAUAAUUUAAAUUAACUGAACCAUAACUAUGGUUAUUACUCUAUGUACAAGGCAUACUUUGUUACAAUGUCAAACAUACAGUUAUCAUAAAUGUUACCUAUCUAAAGUUCCUGGAAGAUGACUAAGUCAUGUCAGUUAUUCUGAAGUUUGAAAGGUAACAGAACAUAUUUACUUAGAAGUAAGUCCCACCUGAGAGAUAUGGAACUCAUUUCUACACAAUGCCUUGUGCAUUGUUUAGUGGCUUUUUAAAAGGGGGCUCUGUAUAUGUAUGUGUUCAUGAGAAUAUUCUCAGUGUAUUUCAGCUGAUGACUGUAGAAUUAAGCAUCAUACAAAUCAUGGACCCAUUAAGUACAGAGUAAAUAAUAUUCUGGGGUAAGUGAAUGGGAUUCCUAUACUGGGUGUCCUAUACUGCAUUAGUAAAACGACUUUUUAAAUUUUAAGAUUUCACCAGCAUAUGUACCAUUACAUGGCAUUUGUGCUGACAGACUUUGAAAAACAUAGUUAUAUCUUGCAUGGAUAUAGAUAUAAUUUUUUAAAAAAAACUUGUUUCAGAUACUUGGAUAGCACACUCAAACAUCGUGCCUUGGGAAAAGAUGAUUAAAUGCUCUAAAAUAUUUGUUGGUUUUGCCCUUCGUCUAGAGAAGAAUAAAGGUUCAAAGAUGUUGAGGAAGGGAAACAACAGGAAAAACAUUAUUUCAUCCUGCAUUGGAUUAUAACUAAAUUUGUUGCAAUAGUGAGGAUUUUUUUUUCCAAUGAACCAUCCCCACACUUUUUUUUCUUAUUUCUUUUCAUAAAAGGGGACUAAGUGAUAUCCUACCUGAGGAAGAAUGAGACAGCAGGAAAUUGGGGCAGAUGUAAUCAUGUUACUUAAAUUUUCUUCCCAUCAUGCUUCUGUGUAAAUAUCCCACUUGAAUGCUGUGUAUUUGUACAGGAAAUUGAGCAAAAAAUGUAUAGAUUGUGAUGUCUGGUACUCUGCCCUGUAAAUGUGUUUUUAACCUUGGCAAUCUGUUACUAUUUUAAAAACAAAAAACAGCUCCCUUCUAAUCCAUUCUCUUUUGUGUAGUCAUGUUCAGAAAAUAUGUAUUAACUGUAAGGAAUAGAAAUUUUAAAGGGAAAUAAUUUGUACCAGAAUCCUAAAGUUAUUUCAUUGUAUAUAUUGUGAUAGCAUGUUUCUUGAAUCAAAACAAAAAGUUGUGUGGAUUUUAGGUGUAAAUAUAUGCUAUUUUGUUUGGGGAGUUUUUCCUUCCCUUUUCCAUUCACUCAACUGCUGUGAUGUGGAAUUAAAGAUUAAUACCUAAUAUUAAAGCAAUGAAUGGAUAUACUGUCUGAAAUACCAAUGACAUAUUUAUUCAGAUGCCCCAGUGCAUCUCACCAAAUCCCAUAGGUAAAAUAGAUGCACUUUGUAUCCUGUUGACUCAUUCUCCCUUUGCUAUGUAGUUUAUCAAAUGAAACUACACACCAGGAAGUUGGUGAGUGAGAAGGUUACUGGUGUUCUUUACACAGGGAAAUCCAUCUUAUCAUCUGCUUAAGCCUGUUUAUUCAGCAGUGAUAAGGCAUGCUAAAAAUACUGUCCCAAGAUUUGUAUCAUUUUCAUUUCUAGUUAUUGUCACCAGUAGUCCCUAUGGAUGGUGAAAGCUUUUUUCAAGGGGGAAAGGGCUGCCAGUUCACUGACAGCUGGAACAGGUUUGGCUCCAAACAAUCCAGAAAGAGGAAGAUGACCCGUGAUUAAAUGAGGAUCCUUAUAUUAAAAUUCUUUUAUUAAUUUUUGAUUUCUUGACUAGUUUUUGUCAGCUAUAGAGCUCUUUUGGAGGCAACUCAUAGUAGGACUCCAGGCUAAUUGGACAGCUAAGCCAUUCCCACAUCUGUCACCUAUAAUCAGCUGUUAAUUUUCAUCAAUCCAGAAAUGCGCUCUGCAUCUGAUCUGUAGCUAACUUGCUCGUUUUCAAAACCAGGAAACAGUUUCUGGAAAAGAGAUUAUGUUGUCAGCAGCAUUCUUACCACCCAUGGUAGAGCAGGAUUUCUAAUUAACGACAGAUCAGAACAAAACAACUCCCUGUAGUGUUCAUAGAGAAUCACUCAAUAUGGGUUAUUAAUUUCAGUUUCACAAAAUCACAAAUAAAGCACAGCAAGUGGAAAACAGCUUUGCUUAUUUCACAGUUACCUUUCAAGGCACUUAGAAUGAAUAAUGGUACAGGAUGAAAAAAUGCAACAGCUCAAAAAUAUAGGACAAAUGAUGGCAUAUUAUGGGAUUAAUUUAAGAUUUAUGACAGAACAUUUUACUUUACAUUAGGCUUUAAUGGAAAAAUCGUGCCAAGAGCAUCAAUAGGACAAGAAACCCUUGUUUAAUUAUCCAAAAUAGCCUUACUAAAAACUCUUGAGAAAGUCACACGUGUAAUUGAGGUUUGUAAGGACAUUUUCAGACAAUCACUGAAUUAAACAAUAUAUGUGCAGUAGGUCGAUUGCAGUGUACCAAAUACAUUUUCCUCCAUUAGCACAUUUGUUGUAUGGAAAUCAUGUUUCCAUAACACAAGCACAGCAAUCUUGUGGCUGGGAAAAUAUUACUAAACUCUUAUCUCACCAAAAGAAAAGAAACCAAAAUUGUAACUUCAUUCACCACAUGCUGGGCUGUCUUUGUUUUAGUAGGACCAAACAGAGCAUUCUAAAACAAAGAUGGUCCAGCAUGUGGUGAAUGAAGUUACAAUUUUGGUUUUUCUUUUGGUGAGAUAAGAGUUUAGACACACAGAUACAAAUCUCCCAGUACAACAUUGGUGCCAUGUGAGAUGCCCUUGUACAAAUAUCAGAAGCCCUCCAGAACAGUGUCUAUGAUAUCAUUGGUGAUAAGUAACUCCCCACUCAAGGCUGGGCUAUUCUGUAAGCUUUUUAAGAGGGCUUUUUAAUGUCAGCAAAGAUUGAGUAGUUCACUCCCUUUCUGUAUUGCUCAAACACAAGUGUACUCAUAAAGUCCUUUAAAUACAACAAAAAUGUUUAUUUUUGUCCUUGGUUAUUUAUUUCAACAUGGAUUGUCAGAGUAGAUACAUGGUUGCGUUUGUACAUUAUUACUGACUUGUUAAUACUGUCUAUUUUAAUGCUGUUGAAUGUAUAGAUUAUUUGAUCAUAUAUAACUGUAAUUCUGUUGAUAUUACAAAUGAAUAAAAAGAUUAAAAGGGACAAUAAGUACAAGUAGGACUCUGCCUCCCCCAACAAUGCCCAACCCCUUAUGAAAUUUUUGUUUCUUUUUAAUGUGUUUCUCUUUCUGCUGAGUUCUUAGAAACCAUGCACUUUACCCAACCUUCUAGCACAGGACUUGCAUCUCCUAGAAAGCUGCAGAAGAAUGGCUACCCCUCCACACAUCUGUAAAUUCCAGCAUGUUUUUUUUUGCCUAAUAAAACUGGGUAAUAAGAA